GGCGCCGCGCUCACUUCAGUUCGCCGCGAGCCGUCGGUCGGGUUGUGUUGUUUCUGCAGCUUCUUCUCUCUCCUCCGAGUCGGCUUCCCCGAGUCGUUUCCCCAGAGCUCCGAUUUCCUGCGCGAAGUUUGGGAAUGUAUCCCGCGCGGUCUCGUUGAAUGUCAGUGAGUCGUUCGCACGAGCAGAAACAACAGAGGGGUCUGAGAGUCGGUUGUAGCCAGAGCCCGACAACAUGAGGAAUUCGACGUUGCUGAAAUGGGCGCAGAAUUCGGCGAACAAUAAAAAUCAGCCGAGCAAAAAUGGAGGAACGAGUAGGAACUGGAUACACCCACCGGACGCACUCCAAAAAGGACACAUCGCCUACCUAGUCAAGUAUUUGGGCAGCACAGAAGUGGACCAACCCAAAGGCAUCGAGGUCGUUAAGGAGGCGAUCUGCAAACUGAAAUUCAAUCAGCAGCUCAAGAAGAGCGAAGGCACGAAAACCCCGAAGGUCGAGCUCACCAUAAGUAUCGAUGGCGUGGCGAUACAGGAACCAAAAACGAAAACGACACCCAAGCGAAUUAUGCAUCAGUAUCCGUUACAUAGAAUCUCGUACUGCGCCGACGACAAAGGCGAGAAGAAGUUCUUCAGUUUUAUCGCGAAGGAGGAGGACGCGGAGAGGCAUACGUGCUUCGUUUUCGUCAGCGAUAAAUUGGCCGAGGAGAUCACACUGACCAUCGGUCAAGCCUUCGAUCUGGCGUACAGGAGGUUCCUGGAAACAUCCGGCAAGGAUCUAGAGACGCAACGACGUUGCAUGGUGCUGCAGCAAAAGAUAAAACGGCUCGAACACGAGAACAACGUUUAUCGGCAACGAUUGCAAGAUGUCGCGGCUAUUAAAGGCUCGGCGGAUGUGUCGGCAUAUCUAUCACAGCAUAAUAUACCCGAUAUUCUUCACGUACCUGGAGCUCCCGCGGAAUCACCACAAGUUAAUGGUACCACUAGCAAGCCAUUGCUAAAUGUGAGUGACAGCAACGGAAAUACGUCUAAUGGACCUCAGCAACCGCCGCCAGUUCCGCCGAGGAGUUUCGAGAAGAGUUUCGACGAUGAUUUCAUGGGGAAUGAGCCAGCGCCAAUGCCGUCGGUUGGCACCAAAUUGGAAGGGCUGUUGAUGGAUGAGUUUGAGGAAGAUUUCAACCCAAGAGCUUACGAGACCGCAGCCAACGGUCUUGCCAAUCAUCAGUUAAAUAACAAUCCGCUCCUUAACGGUCAGAUAUCUUCGGGCUCGAACUUCUUCUCGCAAUCUAACGGCACAAUCAGUCCCCCGCCCCUGCUGGCACCACCACCAAAGACGAAAGACUCGAGACGUCAAAACGGAAUCAAGGAAGAUUUAUUUGGUAGCAUUCCUUUCAAUCCUACGCCGACUUUAAAUAUGAAGAAUGAAUUUAAUGAUCCAUUUGAAAUGGGAGCAUUCGGAGCUUCGACCAUGACAUCCAAUCCUAGCCAGCAAGAAUUGGAAAACGCUAUCGGUCUGCUGGACAAGAAGCUGCUGGAAAUGAAGGAUGGCUUUAGUAGAGGGCUGUGCAUCGGAACUGAUGACUUUUCUUUGGAGAGCUUGGACCCGCUGCGAAAUUAGGCUCGCCAAUCGGAAGCUACGAAGCGUUCGAACGGAAACUUUUAUUAGUGCUCUUAGAAUGCAGAGUACGAAAUACCAAUUAACGGAUAAAGCAAUUAGGGGUUAUGUCCGUUUAAAACCAAAAUUAGUCAAUUAUUGCUAUUAUCCUACUCGUAUAUUUAUGAUCAUGUUCGAUAUUUAUGGUACACAUAUGUGAAAUAAUUCUAUAAGCGUGUAUCCUUCUACACUCUCUGGUAAUCUACGCUAUUCUAUUCGCCGCUUUACAACGCUGGGGUCCAAUCCGACAACGCAUCGAAAAUCGCGUAAAUGUCGUUAUUAAUGAUGAGUCAGUGAGAUGAGAUCUCAAGUCGACCGUUAGAGUGGAAUGAGAUAUUAUUCUAAUCGAGAUAACAUAAUUAUUUAGACGAGAAUUUGUUUUAUAUAUAUGUAUAAUUACAUAUAUAUAAAAGAUCUUAUCGCGAAUCUCAUAUCGACGACGGUAUGUUUGCGUCUUUCAUAUUUUUUAACGAGAUGUUGAAAAAGAAUUAAUGAAUGUUGUAAUCCCGAUAGUCACAUCGAAUCGGAGAAUUGAUAACGGCCGAGCAAUUUCUUAUAUUCUAAAGCUAAGAAGAGUUGAUAAUAUAUAUGUAUAUUACACUCGGCCUAGGUCAAUUUAAACUCGUCGCGUCGUUCAAUCGCGUCUGUUGGAAAAUGAGCUAGUAGAUGAAAGAAAGAAAAAAAAACGGAGCACUAACCGUUGUAGCGUUUAGAGAUGACACUAAUAAUAACGAACGCAUAGCUUUCAUAGUCUGUCGAUUGAACUCAUACACUCAGCAUAUCCUCUUUCUUUGGUCUGUCUCGUACAUACCUUCACUUCUCUUUUAAUGCGCAAACAUAAGCGAAAGGAAAAAAGAAAAGUUUAAUUGUAAGGAGAGCAUGAGAGAACUUUCUGGCUGUAGAGUUUACGAUAAUCUCUGCGAACCGACCAAACGUAAGGCGUUUAAACGAGCUCACGUUUACCGCUAUAUAAAGAGGAUUAGUAAUUAUGUACAUAUGAAAUAUUAUUGUUGCUAUAUUGUUUAAGAAUCAUAGUUAAGAAUAUAGCAUAUGAUUAUUACAACUGAAAAAA